AUGCAGCACACCCUCGUGCAUGUCCUGCAGCGAGAGCGGGUGCGAGCGCUCAUCACCCGCGCCUUGCACCUGUGGCACCUGCACUGCGCACUCUGGCGGCACGGACGACGACAUGGCGACAGAGAAACCGCCGCUGGAGUGGAGGGGCAGCGACCGAUGCCGUCCGCGACGAGACGCGCCUUCCACCGCAGCUGUCACGCCAGUGACCCUCACCUGUGCUCUGUCCAGACGCGGGGGUUGCCGGCAGCCCCAGCAGCAGUGCCGACCCUCACUGUCGGGCCCAUAGAGUCAUCCAGCCCCUCGGCAUCCCGGCAGGCGUGGGCCCCGCUCGGCGGCAUGGAUAUUGGCAGGCGCUGCGGCGGCAUCGCCACCAACGAAGGCAACGUCUACGUCGAUGCCGACGACGAGGAGGAGCUGCACGACGUGGACGACGAUGCAGAGGUGCCACGACACACAGAGCGGCAGCGGCGCCAACAGCAUCACCGCGGCCGCCGUUGCACCGAUGGCAACUCCAGCCUGUCAGAUGCGGACGUCUACGUGGACAGCGCUUACGACCGUGUCGACAAGCCAGGCACCUCGGCACGGCCGCUGGCGCCAGCGAGCCGCAGCAGCGUCAUCCCCGUCAUCGGUGCCGCAUCCCGGGUCACCAGCAUUGUCCCCCCGCACUCGGCGCUGAGCAAUGCGUCGCAAAGUCAGUCGCUGGCUCGCGACAUGUCGUUCACGUCGGUGAGAUGGUCGAUGAGUUGUCCGUUCCAGACACUGCUGCAGCCGCAGCGGCAAGACGAGCUGUGCAGCGCAUCCUUCCCCCAGACGUCAGUGACGGUUUCCGUGCCAGGGAGCAGCACCGUCGACAGCGCCGGGGUCUCGCCCUCCGGAGCAGCGGCGGCAGCAGCAGAGCGGCGGAAGCGCAUGGUGCAGCAUCUCCUCUCCGGCAAGUCACCACGGAACGCGUCACCGCACCAGCGCUUCAAUAACUGGCUCUCCAGCAGUGUCGGUGGCGGUACAACGUCGAGCCUCGAUGACUCCUGUUCUCGACCGCAGUCGUGCGCGCAGUCGGACAGGGAGCCGAGUGCUGCGGAAGGAGGCCCCCCCUUGUGUCUGCGCCGCCCGCGCAGCAGCACUGGCAGCGGAGCGGGACUCAUUGCGAGCGACUCGGAGGACCACAGCAUUUCGUCGCUGAUAAACACGUCGCACGUCCCCCAGAUGGACGGGUCCAACAGCCCCAGCGGUGCUUGGGGGCCGUUGAGGGACAGUGACUCCACACACAGCGACAGCACGUCGCCGAUCCCGAUGGUCACAGUAACGACGGCUCCCCAGCUGCUGACGCGCGAGGCGGAAGACCGGCUGGCGUUGCAGGCAACGGAGGAGCGACGGCGCCUGCGCCUCCAGCACGCCAUGUCCGCCGUUAUGGAUCAGCUCAUGAUGACGGCGUUGCGUCAUCGAUCUGUCGAGCGUGGCUUGCACCCCUCGUUGCGCACCUCCACAGCACCAUCGCCGGUACUUUUAGACAGAAACGACAGUCGUGACAUGGACUUCCUGUGCGUCGGCGCUACGGAGACGCACAAUGAAGGCACCACGUGGGGUAGCGCGGGGGCCAUCGAACCAGAGGUGUCGGCUUGCCCACCCUGGACCUCCUCGCCAUCCCCAGCCCAGCGGCAUCUGCAGCGAAGUGGGCGCACACAGGGAGAGGCGGGCUGCCUGUGCGACGCGACCGCCGAGCAUGCCGAGCGUAGCGUGAGCCGCGACAGCGCCAAGGCCGUUGACAGCGGCGCCAGUCUCAGCAAGCGCUCAUCAGACACCUUUGAGCUCAUCAGCCAGUGGGGCGCGCACGUGCUCGAGGUCGUCACGAUCACAACAGACAAUCCUAGCGACGUGGUCCCGGCCACGAGCACCGUGCCGACGUCGCACCCCACGCCCCGGUGA